AAGAUUCAUCUCGACGUGAGCAGGUUUUUGUUCACAGCAUUGAUUUUUUUGGGAUCCUUGAUGUCAUCUCUUAGCAAGUCGAUAGAACAAGGUGGUACUCGGGUUUGAUGCAAAAAUGAUACCAGCAGAAGUGCCUUCCCGCAACACACGACGACUAAUCCUCGAGCGCUGCUAACCAUGCCCGUAGGCCUCGGGAACGGUCCGCCGCAUCGGUUGAUUCUGGCCACCGCGAAUGGCCGGGCGGAGGACCAGAAUUACGGAAGACGGAACUCAGGACCGACUACCACAUCGGCGCAAAGCAACAACUACGUACCCGCGUGUGGAACUUCGACGAUGGGCGGAUCCUCCAGUAGCACCGCCUUCGCCCCACCGGAGCGUGCGGUUGGCGCCGCCGCAGCUCAGGAUCGGCCGUACAACAACCAACAUGCGCGUAACGUUCCGAGUCCGAUGGAGGGCGCGCUAUUUUCCAAAAUCAAUUCCUCGUCCCGGGUUCAGUUGCAGAAAACGGCUUCAACAUCAGGCUACGUGAAGCAGGCUGCACACAAACUUCAGGGAGCCCGACCACCCGAACCGCAAUUGCAGCAUCUUGUGCACCAGCGCGGCAGCCCCACGGGAGGAGAACAGCAGAACAAUUGGAGCACGAGCGCGCGCGCGUUCGUCGGCUUGCGGUCACCGAUAGGGAGUCCCUUGAGUGACAACGGGGCAGCAGCAGGCGGACCCUCUUUACAGGAGCUCGAUGUGACGCAACUUCAUGUGGGGGACUACAACGGCGGGCCAGUAGUAGACACCACCGGACCACCAAUGCGCGCCGGCAACUUCGCGGCGCCGGCAAGAAGAAAUCGACAGGACGAGGUUCACAAACAGCACGAACCUGCGCCCCAACCCAGCCCGCGCACGGAGCUGCGCAUGCUGCACGUCAGCGAGCCGAAGAGGGAAGUAGAGCAGCAAAAUUUUUAUGAAAUCGCGAAGACGCCGGAGAUGACCUCCCAGGCUACAUCGGCGAAGAUCCACGAGCAAACCCGAGUGCAGGUGUCCCCCACGUCGGGCGGCUCGCUGUUCGAGCUGCGCGGAUCGGCGCCCGAGGUCCCUCCGCGAUCGUAUCGACACCGAAGUUCGCUGCAGGCGCUGGCCGAGGGAAAGUUGGUGUCGCAGUCGAAGAGCCGUUGGGCGACGCGGGCGACGACGCCGCGGCAGACCUCCACCGUUGCGAGCUCGACCGAGUUUGACGAGCAGGAGCCGAUCGUGCCAACGGCGGAGGACCCAAUAGUGUCCGGCGGUACUCCGGCCGCCCACGGCCGCGGGGAGGACCGAAUCCGGGCGGGGAAAAAGGGCACAGCUAGUUCAUCUUCGUCAACCACCUUCAGGCGCCUACCGGUAGACCACGGCGCUCCAGCCUCGCAGCUGCGAGCGGAGAAGAAUGUUGCUGAAAGGGGCGAGCAGGUUAAACCGGUGCGGCGCCGCGGAGACGACGCGCGGGAGCGCGAAAGUAGUACCCGGGCUGCUAGAGGUGAUCUCUUUCCACCGCGCGCGGAGUUUGGCAGCGCUCAACAUGUUUCUCGCCGCGCAGAGCACGACGGAGGGAGUUGCGGUUCCGGGAAGAAGGACCAUCAUCAAAGCCGCAUGGCAUCACGUGAAGCUAGCGCGUCAUCGAGGCCCGUGUCGAAGCAAAGCGCCCCCUCUCGCGCAGUGCAGCAGGAGACUGAGAGUCACAAACUCAAGCAGGCGCAACUGGAGCGGCGUUCGCGAAACUUAUCGACGAAAAACUUACUCAACAAUCACCGUGAGGACAGUCGAAGCAAAUUCGAUGGAGCACACCGCACCGCGGUGGAAAUAGGACCUACGGCGAGUGGCAAGUAUCAGGCACAGCAGCAGGCCACGCCGUUGACGCCGGGGCCUGCUAGUCGCGAUGUGAACGCUUCUGGACUGAAGGAUCCCCACAGCAGUCGGAAAAAGCUGGAUCCGGAGUCGGUGCGGAAACUCCUUCUGCGCGGUGAGGAUACAUGGCGGGGCAAGCCACCCAGCGGGGGAAAACUGCCACUAGCAGCAGACCAGAUGAAUACUUCGACGGGCGGCAAAAUGAACAGGAGCGCAAGAGACAUUACACCGGCGCGGAUUGUACACCAGACUCCAUUGUCCUCCUCGCGCUUUCUCGACCAUCACAAGCUUAAAUUCGACCACGCCACGCCCGUAGUGACUGCGCGGGCAGUAGAAGCAGUUGCGCACAACACGGAUAAAAAUUGUGCAAAAGUAGACCACAAUUCAACAUCUUCCCGUUCGCGUGCGCAGACUGAAGCCAGCAGUGUGCGCCUGCACCAAAGCCGCGUUUCCCUAGAGAAAGAGUCCGGGCCAGCGUCGCAGAGCAUCUCCCGGAAAAACGCGUUGGCAGCGGAGGAGAGGCGCAAAGAGCGGCGCAAGCCAAACUGGUGGCUCAACCGCCGACACCAAUCUUCUUCUUCGCCGGAAAAAAAAGAAGGCGGGGGGCGUGCGGCGAAAAAAUCCAAUCUGCAAGAUUCUCCACCGUUGCUUACUGACAAAGAGAAGGAAAAGCUAAAACGGCUCGCGGUAGCGCCGCCGAGCAAAAGCGAAAUGCCGCCGAAGUCGCAUAAUUCUGCAGAAGCAACUCUAAAUGUGGCGGGGCGCGACGUUACGACAAGAGCAGAUCGUGGCGCUGGAAGUAGUUGUAGCAGGCAGCACUACAACUCGAGCAAAGUAGAGCCUCCUGGUCGGGGUCAGCCUCAGCCCGACCCGAGCGCGACGCGAAGUACGAAACAUCCACCCCCUGCUCGCGCUCCUGAGGAAAAGAAGUCAGCUUCAGCUACUGUGCAUCACGACCAUGCGACGUCGAGCACAGACACUGUGUCUCGCAAACCCACCGGACUAACAGGACAUCAGCGAAAAUUUUCCUCGCCACACGGAACCAAACGCGAAGGAUCAGCCACACGCCCAGCGAGUUCGAUUCAGCAUCAAUCCACCGCAUCUUCGACCGCGUCUGCUACGACCAACGCUGUACCGCGCACGUCGCCCGGGCCAAGCACGGCCGUCAUGCAACAAAAAUCCAGCAAAUUUGCCGUGGACUCGAAGAAGCGGCGGUCAAUGCGGCGCAGUAUGGCGGUGAUGGAGCGGUCUCAGAAGGUUGCGAGCUUGUUGGAGGAUUUCACGGCAGAAAUGGAUGUGGCGACCCUGCUCCGACUCUACGCGAAGAUGCAGGCCGAGGCGCUUGAUGCGAUCGGCACGGAAGAGAAGCAGAUGGAACUAAUGCGCGCAGUCACUUCUUCCAGUACAACGACGUCCACUCGUGGUGCGGGCAGCACCGCGACGGGGAGAAAGUCCUUGGUGCCAGGUAUGAAGAAUCCGCAAAACAAGUUGAACUUCCCCUACCACAUCAUUCGACGGGCCAUGAAGGGCAACGUGAACUGGAAGGUGAAAAGCAUCUACGAGAAUCUGGACAAGCUGCCACGUAGGAGGGUCGACGAACGCAAAAGAGUCGUGAUCGUUGGCGCGGGACCCUGCGGGCUGCGGCUGGCGAUUGAAUUAGUGUUGGGCGGACAUCAAGUCGUUGUUUUGGAAAAACGCAGCCUGUGUGACAGCCGGAUUAACAGGUAUGUACUUAUGAAGCUACCUUGAGUUCAUGUGCUUGCAGAAUCAUGUUGUCUUCAUGAUUUUCCAACGUAUCGGAAAAGCAUUUUCUUUCGCAUUUUAAGGUUAUCCUGAUCAACUUUCUUUCACAGGUUACAUCUGUGGAAUUGGGUGCGCGCCGAAGUGGAAAAAUUUUCGGGCCGCGUGUUUCUUCCGACUGCAGUGCGCCAGGCGGUAUUCGCGGACGCCGACUUUUGUCACUUAGGUAUCGAUGAGCUGCAGGCCCUGCUGGUGAAAAACGCUUUGCUGCUGGGCGUGGAAAUCCGCAUCGGUGUAGCGUACGAAGGCGCGGACCCGGUGCCGAGAAUACAAGCACGCCCAUCAGUCACAGAGCACAAUGAAACCUCCGCGAGAACGGACAGUGGCCUGCUCCGCCUCGGCGCGAAGUCGAAUAAUGUAGCGAAGAAGGCGGCCCUGUUUCUACGGCCCCCGACCAAUCCAGAGCCGCGUCCGCCGCCUUUGCCAAGAGGGGGAGUUUGCGCGGAAAAGUCGAGCGACUCGACGCAAAACGAGUUUUGGACGACCCGAGCUGCGUACGGGUUCGGGCGAACGAAGAAGGGCAAGACGACGUGGCACAUUCGAGUGCAGUGCCCAGCGGGGCCGGAGAAGGAGGAGAAAACGAAUUCGAAAAUCUCCACUGCGUCCUCGGAGCAAGCAGAACCCAGUAGUGUGCAGGUCUUGACCCGGGACGCGGUGAAGGGGCAGGUGACCAGGAAGAAGCAAGAGAACAGUCCUUCCGACCAGGACACCCUCCACUUCACGCUGGAGGCGGACGUCUUAGUCGGUGCGGAUGGCCCGCGAAGCAUCGUUGCCACGAGCCAGUCCGACCGAAUCGGGCCGCGCAUCGUGUCAGACUUUUCGGAAGCAAUCGGCGUGGUUUGCAAUCUACGACGGCAGAAAGUCGGCGAAUCCGGCCGCAGUUCGGCGCCGGUUGUGCCGGUUACCUCCAUUGCUACGAUGAACCCACGAGAAUCCGUCGGGCCGGCUAGUAGUGCCAGUGCGAGCUUAACCCUCCCGGAAGGUUGUAGCUCGUUACUAGCAGCAAACACCACGCGCACAAGCUGCCCGAGUCAGAUGCUGCUCCCGGCGAGAAUCUCGACACCAAGAGAACUGAUCGGACACAAUUUGAACAACCGCUUUUUGUCCACGGCUCCGACCCGAAACACGCCGGACAGUAACGAGAAGCAGCGCAGCAGCACCGGGAGCUUUGUAACGGCACUAAGCUCCUGUAAUCGGGACAGUACAAAAACUUUCCUUCCGUCAUCUCGGACCACCGCGACAUCGUCUCUGAAGAUCGAGCGCCCCUUUCUGAAAAGCGCUACGUUCGACGAAACGUUUGGUCGCUCGUCUGAUUCAGUGAUCGCGACCGUCGGAAGUAAUGGAGCGGGAGGAUCUUCGAGCACCUCUUCGCGGUGGAAGCGGGCAGACACGGCGCCGAUCCAGGUGGACUCAAAUACUCCGACAACAACUACAAAUGCGACCUCUAGUAGUUCUUCCUUUCCCCACCGCCCGCUCUCCCCCGCACGGAAUCGGAACCUCGGCAACGAAGAGAAGCGGCAAUUUUCUUGGGCGCGGCAGUUCAAUGCCGGAUUCUUCCAGGAUGUCGAGAAAAUUUGCAAGCUCGCGCUCGAAAAUCUGGUGUACUACCGGGGGCCAGACUCCCAUUACAUCAUCAUGACGCCGACAAGAGCAUCGCUGCUAAGUUGCAAGGUAUAUUAAAAAAGUUCGGUGGUACUUGCGUCCGCGCUCGCGAUCUUUGUGGCAAUAUUUUUGGGGCCGUUUAUUUCUUCUUUUUGCUUGAUUGAACGCCAGAAGCAUCUCCACAUCUAAAAUCUCAGGUCGACCUGACCAACAACGUUUCCAUCUGGAAACCGGUACUUCGGCAACAGCUCCGCCUCUUGCUCAAUUGGCUGGGGAUAUUCGGCGAGUUUGUUCCGGAUCCCAACGACGUAAUGGCGUUCGAUUUUAGCAGCACUUUUCGUGCCAGCCACCCAUUCGCAGUCAAGAAUCAGCAGCAGCCUAUCAGCCCCAGCGCUACUAGUUCAGGAAUAAACACUUUUGGUUCUUCAUCAGCCGCUACAACUGGCGAAACAAUCGACUGUCAUCCCCCGGUAGCCCUCGCCGGUGAUGCGCUGCUGGAACCCUUCUGGCCCGAGGGUUUGGGGAUCAUCCGUGGGUUCCUGGGCGCGCUGGACUGCUGUUGGGCUGUGGAUUUCGCUUAUUCGAUGCCGGACAAAGACUUGCUCGACUACAGCAAUCAGGCGUUCACAAAAUUAAAAUCGGUACACUCCCACUCUCGAACCAAGUACUUGAUCAAGGAUGAAUCGCGGUGGGAUGUCAAUCCGAACACUCGGUACACCGAGAUCGGCGUACUACCCGCACCGUCCCCGACCGGUUUUUUGUAUUAAGGUAUAUGUUGAAGUAUUGUCAUUAUGCUAAAUUCAGGCGCGAGCAAAACAAAAUGGAAGCAAGUGUUUGCUAGCGUCAGGUUGGUUGUCCCUUGCGAAAUUAAAUAUGAAGAACAGAAAACACCUUAAACUUGUUUAUUGCAGAAUUCUUGAACCCUAAUCCGUCGAAAAAAAGUAAACUCGAAUUAUACAUACUUAUGCAACGCGCAUUGGCGCCUGCUCAGAUCAUGAGCCUUUGCCUUAUGAUUUUCUAGACGUGUCAAGUGAAAUAAGUUCGCGACCGGGAGCUUCUUCGGCGUCAGCAUUGAGUUUGGAAUCGGAUAACAGAAAACGGCUGUGAUUAGCAUGGUGGCGGUAUUGCACAAUUAUAAUUUUUUGUACAGAUGAAAGUUACAACAAAGAAGGCACGGAGUGCUGUUAU